UGUGCGGGGCGUAGCGCAUGCCCAGUGCAGCCGGCAGCUUCCCAUUGCGGGCAGUCCGGGCGGUGGGAGCGGUGGUGGCGGCAGCUGCGGCGGCUACGCCUCCUCCUUACACUCCCGAGGUGGCGGGGUUAGAUGAGCGGCCCCGGUAGCGGCGAAGGCGGCGCGGGGGGGGAGGAGGAAAAGAAGGAGGAGAAGAAGGAGGAGGUCGUCGCUGUCUUUGUAGUCUCCCGGCUGCUGGAGCGAGAGGCCACUGCCGGAGCCGUCGUCGUUGGAAAAGGGCUGUGUGUGCGCGCGCGUGUCUGCCUGUCCGGCCCGCGGGGACCAGGCAGCGGCGGCGGCGAGGAGAUGAUGUGCGCAGCGACUGCCGCCCCCGCCGCCUCCUCCUCGGGGCCCGGCGGGGACGGAUUCUUCCAAGCCGCCACCAUCUCUUCCUUCCCGGCGCCGGGGGCGCUGUUCAUGCCGGUUCCCGAGGGCUCCGUGGCUGCCGCGGGGCUGGGGCUGGGGCUGCCCGCCGCGGACUCCCGGGGUCACUACCAGCUGCUGCUGUCAGGCCGGGCCUUGGCCGACCGCUACCGGAGGAUUUACACAGCUGCGCUCAGUGACAGGGACCAGGGAGGCAGCGGCGCUGGACACUCGGCCUCCAGGAAUAAGAAAAUUUUAAAUAAGAAGAAGUUGAAAAGAAAACAGAAGAGCAAAUCAAAAGUCAAGACAAGAAGCAAGUCUGAAAACUUGGAGAAUACAGUAAUCAUACCAGAUAUCAAACUACAUAGCAAUCCUUCUGCAUUUAAUAUUUAUUGCAAUGUACGCCAUUGCGUUCUGGAAUGGCAGAAAAAGGAAACAUCAUUGGCAGCUGCAUCUAAGAACUCUGUUCAGAGUGGAGAAUCAGAUAGUGAUGAAGAGGAGGAAUCCAAAGAGCCCCCUAUCAAGCUUCCAAAGAUCAUUGAGGUUGGACUUUGUGAAGUUUUUGAACUGAUCAAGGAGACACGAUUUUCUCAUCCAUCCCUGUGCCUCAGGAGUCUCCAAGCCCUGCUGAACGUGCUUCAGGGUCAGCAGCCAGAAGGCCUCCAGUCAGAGCCACCAGAGGUCCUAGAGUCUCUCUUCCAGCUCCUUUUGGAAAUCACUGUUCGAAGUACUGGCAUGAAUGACAGCACAGGACAGUCUCUGACAGCACUUUCCUGUGCUUGCCUCUUUAGUCUGGUGGCUUCUUGGGGAGAAACAGGAAGGACACUUCAGGCCAUCUCUGCUAUCCUCACCAACAAUGGCAGCCAUGCUUGCCAAACUAUUCAGGUGCCAACGAUACUAAAUUCACUACAGAGAAGUGUGCAGGCAGUGUUGGUGGGAAAAAUUCAAAUUCAGGACUGGUUUAGCAAUGGCAUUAAGAAAGCAGCUUUAAUGCACAGGUGGCCAUUAAAAGAAAUAUCUGUUGAUGAAGAUGAUCAGUGUCUACUUCAGAAUGAUGGAUUUUUUCUUUAUCUGCUAUGCAAGGAUGGAUUAUACAAAAUAGGCUCUGGAUACAGUGGAACAGUUAGGGGCCAUAUAUAUAAUUCUACAUCUCGCAUCAGAAACAGAAAAGAAAAAAAGUCUUGGUUAGGGUAUGCUCAGGGUUAUUUAUUGUAUAGAGAUGUGAAUAACCACAGCAUGACAGCCAUAAGAAUAAGCCCUGAAACACUGGAACAAGAUGGUACUGUCAUGUUACCAGAUUGCCACACUGAAGGUCAAAAUAUUUUAUUCACUGAUGGAGAAUAUAUUAAUCAGAUAGCUGCUUCAAGAGAUGAUGGCUUUGUUGUCAGAAUAUUUGCCACCAGCACUGAACCUGUUCUACAACAAGAAUUACAACUUAAACUGGCCAGAAAAUGCUUACACGCCUGUGGUAUCUCGCUAUUUGAUCUGGAAAAGGACUUGCAUAUUAUAAGUACAGGAUUUGAUGAGGAGUCAGCAAUUCUUGGUGCAGGACGAGAGUUUGCACUAAUGAAAACAGCAAAUGGAAAGAUAUAUUACACUGGAAAAUACCAGAGUCUUGGAAUCAAACAAGGUGGUCCUUCAGCAGGAAAAUGGGUUGAACUACCAAUUACAAAAUCUCCAAAGAUUGUGCAUUUUUCCGUUGGACAUGAUGGCUCACAUGCCCUUUUAGUUGCAGAAGAUGGCAGCAUAUUUUUUACAGGAUCUGCUAGUAAAGGAGAAGAUGGAGAGUCAACUAAGAGCAGACGGCAAUCAAAACCCUAUAAACCUAAAAAGAUAAUUAAGAUGGAAGGAAAAAUUGUGGUGUAUACAGCCUGCAAUAAUGGAAGUAGUUCUGUUAUUUCUAAAGAUGGAGAGUUAUACAUGUUUGGAAAAGAUGCCAUUUACUCUGAUAGUUCAAGUUUGGUAACAGAUUUGAAGGGCCAUUUUGUAAUUCAGGUAGCUAUGGGCAAAGCACACACUUGUGUUUUAAUGAAGAAUGGAGAAGUUUGGACCUUUGGUGUAAAUAAUAAAGGACAGUGUGGACGAGACACUGGUGCCAUGAACCAAGGUGGGAAAGGGUUUGGAGUUGAAAAUAUGGCCACAGCAAUGGAUGAAGACCUAGAAGAAGAACUAGAUGAAAAAGAUGAGAAAUCUAUGAUGUGCCCUCCAGGCAUGCAUAAGUGGAAGCUGGAGCAAUGCAUGGUGUGUACUGUCUGUGGAGACUGUACAGGUUAUGGAGCCAGCUGUGUCAGUAGUGGGCGUCCAGACAGAGUUCCUGGAGGUAUCUGUGGUUGUGGUUCCGGAGAAUCUGGCUGUGCUGUGUGUGGAUGUUGCAAGGCUUGUGCAAGAGAGUUGGAUGGUCAAGAGGCAAGACAAAGAGGAAUUCUCGAUGCGGUGAAAGAGAUGAUACCUUUAGACCUUCUAUUAGCUGUCCCAGUGCCUGGGGUUAACAUUGAAGAACACCUUCAGUUAAGACAAGAAGAAAAACGGCAGCGAGUAAUCAGGAGACACAGAUUAGACGAAGGAAGAGGCCCCCUUGUAUUUGCUGGUCCUAUUUUUAUGAACCAUCGAGAACAGGCUCUAGCCAGACUCAGAUCCCAUCCAGCACAGCUAAAGCAUAAACGGGACAAGCACAAAGAUGGAAGUGGAGAACGAGGAGAAAAGGAUGCAAGCAAAAUCACAACAUAUCCUCCAGGCUCUGUGCGAUUUGAUUGUGAGCUCCGGGCAGUACAAGUCAGCUGUGGAUUUCACCAUUCAGUGGUUUUAAUGGAAAACGGAGAUGUCUAUACGUUUGGAUAUGGACAACAUGGGCAGCUAGGACAUGGAGAUGUCAAUUCCAGGGGAUGUCCCACUCUUGUUCAAGCGUUGCCAGGCCCUAGCACACAAGUUACUGCAGGCAGCAACCAUACGGCAGUACUUUUAAUGGAUGGACAGGUCUUCACAUUUGGAAGUUUUUCUAAAGGACAGCUGGGCAGACCAAUUCUGGAUGUGCCAUAUUGGAAUGCAAAACCAGCUCCCAUGCCUAACAUUGGAUCAAAAUAUGGAAGAAAAGCUACCUGGAUAGGUGCAAGUGGGGACCAGACGUUCUUACGAAUUGAUGAAGCACUUAUUAAUUCUCAUGUGCUUGCUACAUCCGAAAUUUUUGCCAGUAAACACAUAAUAGGCUUGGUACCUGCUUCUAUGUCAGAACCUCCUCCAUUUAAAUGUCUUCUGAUAAAUAAAGUGGAUGGGAGUUGUAAAACGUUUAAUGACUCUGAACAAGAGGAUCUGCAAGGAUUUGGUGUGUGUCUUGAUCCUGUAUAUGAUGUCAUUUGGAGGUUUCGACCAAAUACUAGAGAACUGUGGUGUUACAAUGCAGUGGUUGCUGAUGCCAGACUUCCUUCUGCAACAGACAUGCAGUCCAGAUGCAGUAUUCUAAGUCCUGAACUUGCAUUACCAACAGGAUCAAGGGCUCUCACCACCCGAUCUCAUGCAGCUUUACACAUUCUAGGUUGUCUUGAUACCUUAGCAACUAUGCAGGAUUUAAAAAUGGGUGUUGCAAGUACGGAGGAGGAGACUCAAGCAGUAAUGAAGGUUUACUCCAAAGAAGAUUAUAAUGUAGUGAACAGGUUUGAAAGUCAUGGAGGGGGCUGGGGUUACUCUGCUCAUUCAGUAGAAGCUAUACGUUUUAGUGCUGACACUGACAUUUUACUUGGUGGUCUUGGUUUGUUUGGCGGUAGAGGAGAAUAUACUGCUAAAAUUAAGCUGUUUGAGUUGGGUCCUGAUGGAGGAGAUCAUGAAACUGAUGGAGACCUUCUUGCAGAGACAGAUGUGCUGGCUUAUGACUGUGCUGCUAGAGAAAAAUACGCAAUGAUGUUUGAUGAACCAGUUCUUCUGCAAGCUGGGUGGUGGUAUGUAGCCUGGGCUCGAGUGUCAGGACCCAGCAGUGACUGUGGAUCUCAUGGACAAGCUUCUAUCACCACAGAUGAUGGGGUUGUUUUCCAAUUUAAGAGUUCAAAGAAAUCAAAUAAUGGUACAGAUGUUAACGCUGGUCAGAUACCUCAAUUACUAUACAGACUUCCAACCAGUGAUGGCAGUGCUUCAAAAGGCAAACAGCAAACAAGUGAACCGGUACACAUUUUAAAGAGAUCUUUUGCAAGAACUGUCUCAGUGGAAUGUUUUGAGUCAUUGUUGAGUAUUCUUCACUGGAGCUGGACUACCUUAGUCUUAGGAGUUGAAGAACUUAGAGGAUUAAAAGGAUUCCAGUUCACGGCUACCCUUCUAGAUUUGGAGAGACUGCGCUUUGUGGGUACCUGUUGUCUGAGGUUACUGCGUGUCUAUACCUGUGAAAUUUACCCAGUGUCAGCUACAGGAAAAGCAAUUGUAGAAGAAACUAGCAAAUUAGCAGAAUGUAUUGGAAAAACCAGAACUUUGUUAAGGAAAAUCUUAUCAGAAGGAGUUGAUCACUGCAUGGUGAAGUUGGAUAAUGAUCCUCAAGGAUAUCUCAGUCAACCCUUGAGUCUCCUGGAAGCUGUCCUUCAGGAGUGUCAUAACACCUUUACUGCCUGCUUCCAUUCCUUCUACCCAACCCCUGCCUUGCAGUGGGCUUGCCUUUGUGAUCUGCUGAAUUGUUUGGAUCAGGACAUUCAAGAAGCAAACUUCAAGACAUCAAGUAGUCGACUCCUAGCAGCUGUUAUGUCAGCUCUGUGUCACACCUCUGUUAAACUGACUUCUAUCUUCCCUAUUGCUUAUGAUGGAGAAGUACUACUACGAUCAAUUGUUAAACAAGUUAGCACAGAGAAUGACUCAACACUAGUUCACCGUUUUCCCCUUUUGGUAGCCCAGAUGGAAAAACUCAGCCAGAGUGAAGAGAACAUCUCUGGGAUGACAAGCUUCCGUGAAGUUCUGGAGAAAAUGCUGGUUAUUGUUGUGCUCCCAGUCAGGAACAGCCUGAGGAGGGAAAAUGAGCUGUUCUCCUCCCACCUGGUCUACAACACCUGUGGAUUACUGGCCAGUAUUGUCAGUGAACUGACAGCCUCAGCCCUGGGAUCUGAGAUCGAUGGACUUAAUUCUCUGCACUCUGUUAAAGCCAGUGCCAACCGAUUCACAAAAACAAGUCAGGGAAGAAGUUGGAACACUGGGAAUGGGUCUCCUGAUGCAAUCUGUUUUUCAGUUGACAAGCCUGGAAUAGUUGUGGUUGGUUUUUCUGUCUAUGGAGGAGGUGGAAUUCAUGAAUAUGAAUUAGAGGUGCUGGUUGAUGAUAGUGAACAUGCAGGAGAUUCUACUCAUUCUCAUAGAUGGACAUCUCUAGAAUUAGUCAAAGGAACCUAUACAACAGAUGAUUCACCCAGUGAUAUCGCUGAAAUCAGACUUGACAAAGUUGUUCCUUUAAAGGAAAAUGUUAAAUAUGCUGUGCGCUUGAGGAAUUAUGGAAGCCGAACGGCCAAUGGAGAUGGAGGAAUGACCACAGUUCAGUGCCCUGAUGGUGUGACGUUUACAUUCAGCACGUGCAGCUUGAGUAGUAAUGGCACAAACCAAACCAGAGGACAGAUUCCACAAAUACUUUACUAUCGGAGUGAAUUUGAUGGAGAUUUACAGUCCCAACUUCUGAGUAAAGCCAAUGAGGAAGAUAAAAACUGUAGCAGAGCUCUCUCUGUGGUAAGCACCGUUGUUCGAGCUGCAAAAGACCUUUUGCACAGAGCUCUUGCUGUGGAUGCUGAUGACAUUCCAGAACUGCUUAGCUCUUCCAGUCUGUUUUCCAUGCUGCUUCCCCUUAUUAUAGCCUACAUAGGACCAGUAGCUGCUGCUAUUCCCAAGGUUGCUGUAGAAGUCUUUGGCCUUGUCCAACAGCUGCUUCCCUCAGUUGCCAUUUUGAAUCAGAAGUAUGCGCCUCCUGCGUUCAAUCCUAAUCAGUCAACUGAUAGCACCACAGGAAACCAGCCCGAACAAGGCCUCUCUGCUUGUACAACCUCUAAUCACUAUGCUGUCAUAGAGAGUGAACACCCCUAUAAACCUGCAUGUGUGAUGCACUACAAGGUGACAUUUCCAGAGUGUGUACGGUGGAUGACCAUCGAGUUUGACCCUCAGUGUGGUACUGCACAAUCAGAAGAUGUCCUGCGUUUGUUGAUUCCGGUCAGAACUAUUCAGAAUUUAGGAUAUGGACCAAAAUUGACAUCUAUUCACGAAAAUCUUAAUUCAUGGAUCGAAUUAAAGAAAUUUUCAGGAUCUUCUGGGUGGCCUACUAUGGUUUUAGUGUUGCCAGGAAAUGAGGCCCUUUUUUCAUUGGAGACUGCAUCAGAUUAUGUGAAAGAUGACAAAGCUUCUUUCUAUGGUUUCAAAUGUUUUGCAAUUGGGUAUGAAUUUAGCCCUGGACCUGAUGAGGGAGUCAUUCAGUUGGAAAAAGAAUUAGCCAACCUUGGUGGGGUUUGUGCAGCAGCUUUGAUGAAAAAGGAUCUAGCACUUCCUAUUGGUAAUGAAUUAGAGGAAGAUCUUGAAAUUCUUGAAGAGGCUGCAUUACAGGUGUGCAAAACCCAUUCUGGUAUUCUUGGAAAGGGGUUAGCUCUUUCUCAUUCACCAACUAUAUUAGAGGCACUUGAAGGAAACUUACCACUACAAAUCCAAAGCAAUGAACAGUCCUUCCUGGAUGAUUUUAUUGCUUGUGUUCCAGGCUCAAGUGGUGGAAGGCUUGCAAGGUGGCUUCAGCCAGAUUCCUAUGCAGAUCCUCAGAAAACAUCUUUGAUCCUGAAUAAGGAUGAUAUUCGUUGUGGUUGGCCUACUACCAUAACUGUUCAAACAAAAGACCAGUAUGGGGAUGUGGUGCAUGUUCCCAAUAUGAAGGUGGAAGUGAAAGCUGUUCCUGUUUCUCAGAAAAAAACAUCUUUACAACAAGAGCAAGUAAAGAAACCUCAAAGGAUUCCUGGCAGUCCUGCCAUAACAGCUGUAUCUUCUAAUACUGACAAGACUUUUGGUGGAUUGGCAUCACCAAAGCUAGAUGUUUCAUAUGAACCAAUGAUAGUGAAGGAGGCCCGAUAUAUUGCCAUAACAAUGAUGAAGGUUUAUGAAAACUACUCAUUUGAAGAACUACGUUUUGCAUCACCAACUCCUAAGAGACCCAGUGAGAAUAUGUUAAUCCGUGUCAAUAAUGAUGGCACUUAUUGUGCAAAUUGGACUCCAGGGGCUAUUGGACUCUACACUAUUCAUGUUACCAUUGAUGGCAUUGAAAUAGAUGCUGGCCUAGAAGUAAAAGUCAAAGACCCACCUAAAGGGAUGAUACCACCGGGAACUCAGCUGGUCAAACCAAAGACUGAACCUCAACCAAAUAAGGUUCGAAAAUUUGUGGCCAAGGACAGUGCAGGGCUCCGUAUCCGCAGUCACCCUUCCCUUCAGAGUGAGCAGAUAGGCAUAGUGAAAGUCAAUGGAACGAUCACUUUUAUUGAUGAGAUCCACAAUGAUGAUGGUGUAUGGCUGAGACUGAAUGAUGAGACAAUAAAGAAGUAUGUUCCUAAUAUGAAUGGUUACACUGAAGCCUGGUGCCUCUCUUUUAAUCAACAUCUUGGCAAGAGUCUUCUGGUCCCUAUUGACGAACCUAAAACUAAUACUGAUGACUUUUUCAAAGACAUAAACUCCUGCUGUCCACAGGAAGCAACAAUGCAAGAACAAGAUAUGCCAUUCUUGCGAGGAGGUCCGGGCAUGUACAAGGUAGUAAAGACGGGACCUUCCGGCCACAACAUCAGAAGCUGCCCUAACCUUAGAGGUAUCCCAAUUGGAAUGUUAGUUCUGGGAAACAAAGUCAAAGCAGUGGGAGAGGUAACCAAUUCUGAAGGUACAUGGGUGCAGCUGGAUAAGAACAGCAUGGUAGAGUUCUGUGAGAGUGAUGAAGGAGAGGCAUGGUCCUUAGCUAGAGACAGAGGCGGAAACCAGUACCUCCGACAUGAAGAUGAACAAGUUCUUCUGGAUCAAAAUUCUCAAACUCCUCCUCCAAGCCCUUUCUCAGUACAAGCGUUUAAUAAAGGGGCAAGUUGCAGUGCCCAAGGAUUUGAUUAUGGACUUGGAAAUAAUAAAGGUGACCGAGGAACUAUCUCAACAUCUUCUAGACCAGUCUCUACAUCAGGAAAAUCAGAACUGUCCUCCAAGCACAGCAGAUCAGUUAAACCUGAUGGACGUAUGAGCCGGACUACUGCUGAUCCAAAGAAACCAAGGGGCACCGAAGGUUUAUCAGCUAGUGAAUCCCUCAUGUUGAAGUCUGAUGCUGCGAAGUUGAGGUCAGAUUCUCACAGUAGGUCAUUGUCCCCCAACCAUAACACCUUGCAGACGUUGAAAUCUGAUGGGAGGGUGUCUUCUAGUUUCAGAGCUGAAUCCCCGGGACCAGGUUCUCGGUCAUCGUCUCCUAAACCAAAGACUCUCCCAACCAAUCGGUCUAGCCCAUCUGGUGCUAGUUCUCCCCGCUCCUCCUCACCACAUGAUAAAAAUCUACCUCAAAAAAGUACCACUCCUGUUAAGACAAAACUUGAUCCUCCUCGGGAACGUUCCAAAUCAGACUCUUACACACUUGAUCCAGAUACCCUCCGCAAGAAGAAAAUGCCCCUCACAGAACCAUUAAGGGGACGAUCAACAUCACCAAAACCAAAACAAGUACCAAAGGAUUCAAAAGAUUCCCCCGGAUCUGAAAAUAGAGCUCCUUCUCCCCAUGUGGUACAAGAAAACCUUCACAGUGAGGUGGUUGAAGUCUGCACUUCAAGUACUUUAAAAACGAACAGUCUAACAGAUAGUACCUGUGAUGAAAGCAGUGAAUUUAAGAGUGGGGAAGAAGGUUCAAAUAAAGUUCAUUUCAGCAUAGGAAAAGCCCCACUGAAAGAGGAACAGGACAUGAGAGCAUCCCCCAAAAUAAGUCGAAAAUGUGCUAAUAGACACUCCAGGCCCAAAAAGGAAAAAUCCAGCUUUCUCUUCAAAGGAGACGGAGCCAAACCUUUAGAGCCAGCCAAACAAGCCAUGUCUCCCUCUGUGGCCGAGUGUGCCAGAGCAGUCUUUGCCUCUUUCCUGUGGCACGAAGGCAUAGUGCACGAUGCAAUGGCUUGUUCUUCUUUCUUAAAAUUUAAUCCUGAACUUUCCAAAGAACAUGCCCCUAUAAGAAGUAGUUUAAACAGCCAACAACCUACAGAAGAAAAGGAAACCAAGUUAAAAAAUAGACACUCAUUGGAAAUAUCAUCUGCUCUGAAUAUGUUUAAUAUUGCACCUCAUGGACCAGAUAUAUCUAAAAUGGGUAGUAUCAACAAAAAUAAGGUGUUGUCUAUGCUUAAGGAGCCACCUCUGCAUGAAAAAUGUGAGGAUGGGAAAACUGAAGCCACUUUUGAAAUGUCCAUGCACCACCCAAUGAAGUCUAAAUCUCCUCUUCCCUUAACUUUACAACAUUUAGUGGCUUUCUGGGAAGACAUCUCUUUGGCUACUAUCAAAGCAGCUUCCCAGAACAUGAUUUUUCCAAGUCCUGGUUCUUGUGCAGUCCUUAAAAAGAAAGAGUGUGAAAAAGAGAAUAAGAAGGCCAAAAAAGAAAAAAAGAAAAAAGAAAAGGCAGAAGUUCGGCCCAGGGGUAAUUUAUUUGGUGAGAUGGCCCAGCUGGCAGUGGGAGGACCAGAGAAAGAUACCAUCUGUGAGCUGUGUGGAGAGUCACAUCCAUACCCAGUGACGUACCAUAUGAGACAAGCUCACCCAGGUUGUGGCCGUUAUGCUGGUGGACAAGGUUACAAUAGCAUUGGGCAUUUUUGUGGAGGAUGGGCUGGUAACUGUGGUGAUGGUGGCAUAGGAGGAAGCACUUGGUAUCUGGUAUGUGAUCGCUGCAGAGAAAAAUACCUCCGGGAAAAACAGGCUGCUGCAAGGGAAAAGGUCAAACAAUCUAGGAGGAAGCCAAUGCAAGUCAAGACUCCUCGUGCCUUGCCCACUAUGGAAGCUCACCAGGUGAUUAAAGCAAAUGCACUCUUCCUGCUGUCUCUGAGCAGUGCAGCUGAGCCGAGCAUUCUGUGUUAUCCUGCAAAGCCAUUCCAGUCUCAGCUUCCCAGCGUGAAAGAGGGCAUUUCUGAGGAUCUUCCUGUUAAAAUGCCUUGUCUUUACCUGCAGACAUUAGCUAGGCAUCAUCAUGAAAAUUUUGUGGGCUAUCAAGAUGACAACCUAUUUCAGGAUGAAAUGAGAUAUCUCCGUUCAACAUCUGUACCUGCCCCGUACAUAUCAGUAACUCCUGAUGCAAGUCCUAAUGUAUUUGAAGAGCCAGAAAGCAAUAUGAAGUCUAUGCCACCAAGUUUGGAAACUAGUCCCAUAACUGAUACUGAUCUUGCAAAGAGAACUGUCUUCCAAAGAUCAUACUCAGUUGUUGCUUCUGAAUAUGAUAAACAACACUCCAUUUUACCUGCACGAGUUAAAGCCAUUCCUAGAAGAAGAGUUAACAGUGGAGACACUGAAGUUGGUUCUUCUCUCUUGAGACAUCCAUCUCCUGAGCUUUCCCGGCUAAUCUCAGCCCACAGCUCUCUUUCCAAAGGAGAACGAAAUUUCCAAUGGCCAGUUUUAGCUUUUGUUAUACAGCAUCAUGAUCUAGAAGGUCUUGAAAUAGCAAUGAAACAGGCCCUAAGGAAAUCUGCUUGUCGAGUUUUUGCUAUGGAGGCUUUCAACUGGCUUCUAUGCAAUGUCAUCCAAACAACUUCUCUCCAUGAUAUUCUAUGGCAUUUUGUGGCAUCACUGACUCCUGCUCCAGUGGAACCAGAGGAAGAAGAGGAUGAGGAAAAUAAAACAAACAAAGAAAAUGCAGAACAAGACAAAGAUACAAGAGUAUGUGAACAUCCACUCUCAGAUAUAGUGAUUGCAGGUGAAGCCGCUCAUCCUUUACCACAUACAUUUCAUCGCUUACUUCAAACAAUCUCCGAUCUUAUGAUGUCUCUCCCCAGUGGCAGUUCAUUACAGCAAAUGGCCCUAAGAUGCUGGAGUCUGAAAUUCAAGCAAUCUGAUCACCAGUUCCUCCAUCAGAGCAAUGUAUUUCAUCACAUUAACAACAUUUUGUCAAAAUCAGAUGAUGGAGAUAGCGAAGAGAGUUUUAGCAUCAGUAUACAAUCUGGCUUUGAAGCUAUGAGUCAGGAAUUAUGCAUAGUAAUGUGCUUAAAGGACUUAACCAGCAUUGUUGACAUAAAAACUUCAAGCCGGCCUGCCAUGAUUGGCAGUUUGACAGAUGGUUCCACAGAAACCUUUUGGGAAUCAGGAGAUGAGGAUAAAAACAAAACUAAGAACAUCACCAUUAACUGUGUAAAAGGAAUCAACGCUCGCUAUGUUUCUGUUCACGUGGACAAUUCCCGAGAUCUUGGGAAUAAAGUUACUUCAAUGACCUUCUUAACUGGCAAAGCAGUAGAAGAUUUGUGCAGAAUAAAGCAGGUUGAUCUGGAUUCCAGGCACAUUGGUUGGAUAACAAGUGAACUUCCAGGAGGGGAUAAUCACAUCAUCAAAAUUGAAUUAAAGGGCCCAGAAAAUACACUGAGAGUUCGACAAGUAAAGGUCUUGGGCUGGAAGGAUGGCGAAAGCACAAAAAUUGCUGGCCAGAUUUCAGCCAGUGUAGCCCAGCAGAGGAACUGUGAAGCUGAGACUCUGCGAGUGUUCAGACUCAUCACAUCACAGGUAUUUGGAAAACUCAUCUCUGGAGAUGCUGAACCCACCCCUGAACAAGAGGAAAAAGCACUGUUGUCAUCACCUGAAGGAGAGGAAAAAGUAUACAAUGCAACGUCAGAUGCUGACCUGAAAGAACAUAUGGUUGGAAUCAUAUUCAGUAGGAGUAAACUGACUAACUUACAAAAACAGGUAUGUGCUCACAUAGUCCAGGCUAUUCGCAUGGAAGCCACCAGAGUUCGUGAAGAAUGGGAACAUGCCAUAUCAAGCAAAGAAAAUGCCAAUUCUCAGCCCAGUGAUGAAGAUGCCUCCUCUGAUGCUUACUGCUUUGAGCUGCUUUCUAUGGUUUUAGCAUUGAGUGGCUCUAAUGUGGGCCGGCAGUAUCUGGCUCAGCAGCUAACUCUGCUCCAGGAUCUCUUCUCACUGCUCCACACAGCAUCCCCUCGAGUCCAGAGACAGGUGACCUCCUUAUUAAGGCGAGUUUUGCCUGAAGUGACGCCUAAUCGUCUGGCCAGCAUCAUAGGAGUGAAAUCUCUCCCCCCAGCAGAUAUCAGUGAUAUCAUUCACUCAACAGAGAAAGGAGAUUGGAAUAAGCUAGGUAUUUUGGACAUGUUUCUAGGAUGCAUUGCCAAAGCCCUCACAGUACAGCUCAAAGCCAAAGGAACCACCAUCACAGGAACAGCUGGAACCACCGUGGGCAAAGGAGUUACAACAGUUACCCUUCCAAUGAUUUUCAAUUCCAGUUAUAUUCGACGAGGUGAAAGUCAUUGGUGGAUGAAGGGCUCAACUCCUACUCAGAUCUCAGAGAUUAUCAUUAAACUUAUUAAGGAUAUGGCAGCAGGUCAUCUCUCCGAAGCAUGGUCCCGAGUGACAAAAAAUGCCAUUGCAGAAACCAUCAUUGCCUUGACCAAGAUGGAGGAAGAAUUUAGAUCUCCAGUGAGAUGUAUUGCAACAACUAGGCUCUGGCUUGCUCUAGCAUCACUGUGUGUUCUUGACCAGGACCAUGUAGAUCGUCUCUCCUCGGGGAGAUGGAUGGGAAAGGAUGGACAACAAAAACAAAUGCCUAUGUGUGAUAACCAUGAUGAUGGUGAAACUGCAGCAAUCAUUUUAUGCAACGUAUGUGGAAAUCUAUGUACUGACUGUGACAGAUUCCUUCAUCUUCAUCGACGAACCAAAACUCAUCAAAGACAGGUCUUCAAAGAAGAAGAAGAAGCUAUAAAGGUUGACCUUCAUGAAGGUUGUGGUCGAACUAAAUUGUUCUGGUUGAUGGCACUUGCAGAUUCUAAAACAAUGAAAGCAAUGGUGGAAUUCCGAGAACACACAGGCAAACCCACCACAAGUAGCUCAGAAGCAUGCCGCUUCUGUGGUUCCAGAAGUGGAACAGAGUUAUCUGCUGUUGGCAGUGUUUGUUCUGAUGCAGACUGCCAGGAAUAUGCUAAGAUAGCCUGUAGUAAGACACAUCCUUGUGGCCAUCCAUGUGGAGGUGUGAAAAACGAAGAGCAUUGUCUGCCCUGUCUGCAUGGCUGUGAUAAAAGUGCCACAACACUGAAGCAAGAUGCUGAUGACAUGUGCAUGAUAUGUUUCACUGAAGCACUCUCGGCAGCACCAGCCAUUCAGCUGGACUGUAGUCAUGUAUUCCACUUACAGUGCUGUCGACGGGUUUUGGAAAACAGAUGGCUUGGUCCAAGGAUAACAUUUGGAUUUAUAUCUUGUCCCAUCUGCAAGGCCAUGAAUAGAUAUGCAUAUUAUGUUUGCUACAAAUGCAAAAAGGCAUAUUUUGGUGGUGAAGCUCGCUGUGAUGCUGAGGCUGGACAAGGGGAUGACUAUGAUCCCAGAGAGCUCAUUUGUGGUGCUUGUUCUGAUGUGUCCCGAGCUCAGAUGUGUCCGAAACAUGGCACAGACUUUUUGGAAUAUAAGUGUCGCUACUGCUGUUCAGUGGCUGUCUUUUUCUGUUUUGGAACAACACAUUUUUGUAAUGCUUGUCAUGAUGAUUUUCAAAGGAUGACUAGCAUUCCUAAGGAAGAACUACCACACUGUCCUGCAGGUCCCAAAGGCAAACAAUUAGAAGGAACUGAAUGUCCACUCCAUGUUGUUCAUCCACCUACUGGGGAAGAAUUUGCUCUGGGUUGUGGAGUGUGCAGAAAUGCUCACACUUUUUAAAAUACUCAGAUUCCUUUGUCUGUGGAUAGAAAAGUUGCCUUCAUCCCCCAAGCAGAUGUGGUGAAGUUUAAACUGCUCAGGAUAAGGACGGGACCAUUUUUACAUCCAUGAAAAUGAACCAUUCACACACAGUGCAAGAAGGAUGCCAAAUACCAUGUACAUAAUUCUUGCUAUGGAAAAUUUCCCCAUUAGUUUGAUUUCUUUUCUUUUGAGCCAAGACAUCAAACUUGUGAGGUGUUUGCAUGUGGCCAUUACCGUCAUUGGCCUGUGAAGCAUUGGACAUUUAUAGAUAAUCGAUACAGAAAGAAUCUCCAUGCUCAAGGACUAAGAAUGAUGUUGGCUUCCAAGCAAAAAAGAAAAAUAAUCAUUGUUUAUUGUAUACUGCCUUUUUGUAAUCCUGUACAAUUGCAUCACGGGUGGGGAUAAAAAGAAGAAUAUUCUGGUUUAUUUCCUAGACUGUUAUUUAAAUAAAAAUUGUGUUAGGAUGGCAUAUAAAUGUAAUAAGUAUCACAGUGUAAAUAAAGAUAUCAAUGUUUGUCCUCUAUAAUAAUUACUAAAUUACAAAUGCAGUUUCAUUUAAACUUCUAGGUUAAGUUUGAGCCUGAAAUUUUAAUGAAGUGCAAUACUGAGUGUGCCUCAUUAUCUUGCAGCUGUAAACAUAUUGGAAUGUACAUGUCAAUAAACCACUGUACAUUUUUAUACAGUGAUAAAGCAUAAA